UCACACCUGGAUUAGGAGGUGGAGUUGGAACAGGACUCACACCUGGAUUAGGAGGUGGAACUGGAACGGGACUCAUACCUGGAUUUGGAACAGGAAGUGGGCCUGGAUUAGGUCAGCCGGGUGGUGCAGGCACAGGUGUAGCUGGAGGCCUUGGAAGGGGAGGACCAGGUGGAGGAGCUGGCAUUGGGACAGAAGUGGGACCUGGUUCUGGUGUUGGUUUUGGUCCAGGUGGUGCUGGCACAGGCCCUGGAGGAGCAGGUUAUGGGCCAGGUAGAACUGGGUAUGGACCUGGUGGGACUGGUACUGGAUUAGGAGGAGCAGGAACAGCACCUGGAGGGUAUGAUGCCAGUGCCAAAGCCCGCAAAUAUGGCAUGUUAAGUGGAGCACUUGGAGGUACAGGACCAAGUACUGGAGUCAGGCCUGGUGGUGCUGGUACAGGCUAUGGACCAGGCAUAGGAGUUGGACCUGGUGGUGCUGGAACAGGCUAUGGACCAGGUGGAAUCGGACCUGGUGGUGCUGGUGCUGGUACUGGCUACGGACCAGGUGGAAUUGGACCAGGUGGUGCUGGCACAGGCUAUGGACCAGGUGCAGGAGUUGGACCUGGUGGUGCUGGAACAGGCUACGGACCAGGUGUAGGAGUUGGACCUGGUGGUGCUGGCUACGGACCAGGUGGAAUUGGACCAGGCGGUGCUGGUACAGGUUACGGACCAGGUGGAGUUGGACCUGGUGGUGUUGGUACUGGUUAUGGACCAGGUGGAGUUGGACCUGGUGGUGCUGGUACAGGUUACGGACCAGGUGGAGUUGGACCUGGCGGUGCUGGUACUGGCUAUGGACCAAGUGGAAUUGGACCGGGUGGUGCUGGUACAGGGUAUGGGCCAGGUGCAGGAGUUGGACCUGGUGGUGCUGGUACAAGCUAUGGACCAGGUGCAGGAGUUGGACCUGGUGGAGCUGGCUAUGGACCAGGAGGUUAUGCUGGUGCCAAAGCCCGCAAAUAUGGCCUGUCUGGAGGCGCUGGAGGUGCCCUGGGUGCAGGAGGACUUGGUGGUGGAGCUGGGCCUAGCUCUGGGCUUGGAGUAGGAGGAGGGCUCCCAGGAAGAGGUGUUGGAAUAACAACUGGUGGUGGACCUGGAGCAGGACUGGGGACUGGUGGGAUACCUGGUUCUGGUGUUGUAAUGGGAGUUGGACCAGGUGGUUUUGGACCAGGCAGUGCUGGAGGGCUUCCGGGAGGAACAGGAUAUGGUCCUGGGGGAUAUGGACCUGGAAUUGGUUAUGGACCAGGUGGAGGCUAUGGUGCAGGACCAGGGGCUGGAUAUGGAACAGGCUAUGGAGCUGGAUCAAAACCUGCUAAAUAUGGUCAAGGUGCAACAGGUGCUGGUGGGGUACUUGGAGGCGCAGCAGGACGAGGUGGUUAUGGACCAGGAGGCCUUGGACCUGGCAUAGGAGGCUACGGCACAGCUGGAUCUAAAGCUGCUAAGUACGGAAAACCUGGUGGUGUUAUACCUGGGGUGGGAGCAGGGACUGCAGGACCUGGGACAGGGACCAGCACAGGUGUUUUAGUAAAUGGCACCAGCACUGGCAGCAGUGCAAGUGCAACAGCUGGACCCAUGGGAGGAGGAUUUGGACCCACAGGAGUUACACCAGCUCCAGCAUCAGAAGGAGGCGCUAGUGUAGCUGGUAGACCUGUGGGUGCAGGAGGUGAUGGAGAUAGCCUGGGUGGAACAGGAAUCCCAAUCAUUGGAGCAAGACCAGGAUUCAACGGGACAGAAGUUCCAGGUUCUACGAGAACAACCCCUGUCGGUGGUGGGGCUGUACAACCAAGUGGUUCUGGAGGUGAUCUCUCAAGUGGGACACUGCCUGGAGCCAAGCCUCUAAAACCCCCAGGUGUCCCCAGAGGUGACACGCCAGGUGAAGGAGAUGGAGAAGGAGGUCCUGAUGGAGAGAGAGGUGGUACAGGAGGCACAGGUGUAGGAGGAGUCGGAGGGCUUCCUACCAGUACAGGAGGAGCAGGAGGUGUUUCAGGUGGUGUAACAGGAGUGGCUAGAGGAGACAGUCCUGCUUCUGGGACUGGAGUUAGACCAGGAGGUGCAGCUGGUGGACUAGGAGGAACACCAAAACCGCCCAAAGUGUACGGACCUGAUGGGACUGUCACAGGAGGUAUCAGUGGCGGACUUGGUGGUCCUGGGGCAGUUGGAGGAGGUCCAGGAGGAGUUGGAGGCGGUCCUGGAGCAGUUGGAGGAGGUCCAGGAGGAGUUGGAGGUGGUCCUGGCACAGCUGGAGGAGGUACAGGAGGAGUUGGAGGCAGUGCUGGUGGAACAGGAUUGAUACCUGGGGCUGGUGGGCCUGGGGGAGUAGGAACAGGAGCCUUAAAACCUGGAAAAAGCUACGGUGUUGGUGGAGCCGGUGUUUUGCCAGGUGGAGGCAUACGCUACCCAACUGGAGCUGGAGUAGGACUGGGAGCAGGAAAACCAGGCAAAGUAUAUGGGACUCUUGGAGCAGGAGGCCAGGGUGGGAUUGGACCUGGAGGCUAUGGAGCUGGUCCUGGUGGCUAUGGUUUGCGUCCAGGAGGUUAUGGUGUGGGACCUGGAGGAUACGGGGCUGGCCUGGGUGGCUAUGGUGCUGGACCUGGCGGAUAUGGAACUGGACCUGGAGGCUAUGAAGGCCAGACUGGAAGCAGAGGCACCGGUGGUGGUCCUGGGGGUGUUGGGACCCUCGGAGCUGGAGGUGUUGGAACUGGGGGUGUAGGUGGAGGUGUAGGAGGAGGCAUAGGUGCAGGCCCUGGUGGAGUCAGUGGUGGACUGGCGGGAUAUGGUGGUGGUGGUGUAGGUCCUGGUGGUCAAAGGUAUGGCACUGGUACAGGACUGGGUGUCGGCAAACCACCAAAAAGUUAUGGACCAGGAGCUGGUGGUACUGGGGUUGGGCCUGGUGUCUAUGGAACUGGACCAGGUGGAAUUGGUACUGGUCCAGGAGGUUUUGGACCAGGUGGAAUUGGUACUGGUCCAGGAGGUUUUGGACCAGGUGGCUUUGGUCCUGGAGGUCCUGGUGGUGCUGGAAGUUAUGGGCCUGGUGGCACUGGACCAGGGGGAUAUGGGCCCAGUACUAUCAACACAGGACUAGGUGGUGUUGGUACCAGGCCAGGUGGUUUUGGGCCAGGUGAUGUUGGCCCAGGACCAGGCAGCUAUGGACCUGGUGGAGCAGGUGUCGCUCCUGGUGUUUAUACUCCUGGAAGUCAAGGACUGGGGACAAGAAAGCCCCCCAAAUCAGGCUAUGGAUCAUCCUCACUGGGUGGAGGUGGCUAUGGACAAGGUGUAGGGGUUGGACCUGGUGGAACAGGGACUGGACCUGGCAGAUACGGACCUGGGGGCACUGGACCAGGUGGUGCUGGCACAGGAACGGGAGGCUUUGGACCAGGUGGUGCAGGUACAGGACCCGGUGGUUUCGGACCAGGUGGCGCUGGGACAGGACCAGGUAGUUUUGGACCAGGUGGCGCUGGUACAGGACAAGGUGGUUUUGGACCAGGUGGUGCUGGCACAGGAACAGGAGGCUUUGGACCAGGUGGUGCUGGCACAGGACCAGGUGGUUUCGGACCAGGUGGCGCUGGGACAGGACCAGGUAGUUUUGGACCAGGUGGCGCUGGUACAGGACAAGGUGGUUUUGGACCAGGUGGUGCUGGCACAGGAACAGGAGGUUUUGGACCAGGUGGAGCUGGGACACGACCAGGUGGUGCUGGCAUAGGAACAGGUGGCAUUGGAACGGGGGGCCAAGGAUUAGGAAAAAGAAAACCAUCUAAAUCUGGUUAUGGAGGAGCUGGAUACGGAUCAGCAGGAGUAUUAAGAGGCACAGGAGGUGGUCCUGGCCGAGUUGGAGCAGGGGCUGGAGGUGCUGGACUUGGUGGCUAUGGCCCAGGAGGUGCUGGAACUGGUGGCUAUGGACCUGGAGGUGCUGGACCUGGUGGCUAUGGCCCAGGAGGGGUGGGGACUGGUGGCUAUGGGCCAGGAGGUGCUGGACCUGGUGGCUAUGGCCCAGGAGGGGUGGGGACUGGUGGCUAUGGGCCAGGAGGUGCUGGACCUGGUGGCUAUGGCCCAGGAGGGGUGGGAACUGGUGGCUAUGGCCCAGGAGGUGCUGGACCUGGUGGUUAUGGUCCAGGAGGUGCUGGAACUGGUGGCUAUGGCCCAGGAGGUGCUGGAACUGGGCCAGGGGGUGUUGGACCUGGUGGACAGACACUUGGGAGCAGGAAGCCUCCUAAAUCAGGUUAUGGCUCGUCCCUCGGUGGAACUGGCUACAGACCAGGUGGUGGAGUAGGAGUGUUUCCUGGUGCAGGAACAGGAGGUAUCACUGGAGGUCCAGGUAGCAUAGCAGGAGGAACUGGAGGGCCAGGGGGUGCUGCAGGAACAGGACAGGGAGUAGGAGGUGGAACUGGUGGUUUACCAGGUCAGUUUAAAUGGAUUACCAAUACAAUAUAG